CAUUCCCUCUGUUUUUUGACUGGGUUUGAUCUGCAGGGGAUACUCCAAUAUGAUACUCUUGUUUACUGCCACCUUUACCUUCCUGGCACUGACCUCACUGGACCAGGUGGAUUGUUCAGCAUAUGACAAGAUAGUCUCUCACAGUCGCAUCAGAGCCAAGAGAGAAGGGCCCAAUAUGUGUGCUUUACAACAUGUCAUGGGGACCAAAAAAAAGUACUUCAGCACAUGCAGGAACUGGUACAAGAAAUCCAUCUGCGGCAAGAAGGCGGUGGUUUUAUAUGAGUGCUGCCCAGGUUAUAUGAAGCUAGACGGGGAGCGUGGGUGCCCUGCAGUGGCACCUAUUGACAGUGUUUAUGGCACUCUUGGUCUGGUGAACGCCAAGAUCACCCAAGAGUAUUCCGAGAAGUCCAAACUAAAGGAAGAAAUCGAAGGAGCUGGCUCUUACACAAUGUUUGCACCAAGCGAUGAUGCCUGGGAACUGUUAGAUCCAACAACUUCCCUGGUCAGCAGAGAAAACCGAGAGCUUUACAAUACACUCCACUAUCACAUGGUCAACAAACGUCUUCUCACCAAAGACCUGAAGAAUGAUAUGACCAUUCAGUCCAUGUUUAAUAAGCAAGGCCUCUAUAUUAAUCACUACUCAAAUGGAGUUGUAACUGUAAAUUGUGCCAGGAUCAUUCACGGCAACCAGGUGGCCACUAAUGGAGUUGUCCAUGCCAUUGAUAGAGUCAUCAGCGUUGUAGGCCAAACGAUAAAAGAUACAAUCGAAACCAACAGUGAGCUCACUUCAUUGAGUGCAGUUGCUGUUGCAUCAGGUCUCUUGAGCCAACUGGGCAAGCCUGGAUACUACACACUCUUUGCCCCGACCAAUGAGGCCUUUGAGAAUCUAGACAGAGAUGUCUUGGAAAGACUUAUGAGUGACAAAACCGUACUUCAAGCACUUUUGAAGUACCACAUUCUGAACUCAGUCCAAUGCUCUGAGGCCAUUACAGCAGGCUCCAUCUAUGAGACUAUUGAAGGCAGUAACAUUGAGAUUGGAUGUGAUGGUGAGAGCCUUACAGUUAAUGGCAUCAAGAUGGUGCUGAAGAAGGACAUUGUCACCAGCAAUGGUGUCAUUCAUCUGAUCGACCAGGUGUUAAUGCCCGACUCUGCCAAGCAGGUAAUGGAGCUUGUGGGCCCAUCUCAGAACAUCUUCAGUGACAUGGUGUCUGAGCUCGGCCUCUCUGCCGCCUUGAAGUCUAAAACUGAAUACACUGUUCUUGCUCCCUUAAACGGAGCCUUCUCUGAUGAGGUAAUGUCUAUGGACCAGCGUCUCUUGAAGAUUUUUCUGGAAAACCACAUCUUGAAACUCAAGGUUACUCUUAGUGAACUCUACAAUGGCCAACUGCUUGAAACCCUGGGAGGAAAAUUGCUCAGAGUCUUCAUUUAUCGCACGGCUGUGUGCAUUGAGAAUGCUUGUAUGGUGAGAGGCAGCAGAGAGGGCAGUAAUGGAGUCCUUCAUCUCAUGAGGUCACUGAUCCAACCAGCCCAAACAACCAUCUACGAGCUGCUCUUGAAAGAUGGACGCUUCAAAAUCUUUCUGUCUCUGAUGGAGAGUGCUGGACUGACAGAUCUGCUGAAACAGGAGGGAUCAUACACUCUAUUUGCUCCCAUUGAUGAGGCCUUUGGAACCCUGACAGAGGAAGACAUCACUCUUUUAAAAAGUGAUAUCAACACCCUGAGGACAAUCCUGCUGUACCAUUUUAGCAAUGGCAUCUUUAUAAAUGGCGGGCUGGAGGGUGGAGUGACUAACCUUCUAAAGACCAUCCAGGGUAACAACCUCCAAGUGCUCUCUGUUAACAACUCCAUCCAUGUGAACUCAGUGGAUGUUCCAGAUUUUGAUCUUAUGGCAUCCAAUGGAGUGGUCCAUGUAGUUAAGUCCAUAUUAUAUCCUGCAGAUCUACCAGUUGGCCGUGAAGACAUAUUGUUUCUUCUGAAGAGACUCAUUAAACACAUGCAGCUGAAGUUUAAAUCCGGAUUCACAUACCAUGAGAUUCCACUUACAUUCAUCCGGAGGACUAUAACUACACAUGUCAUUGAGAAAGGUCCUGAGAUCAAGGUGAUUGAGAAAGAUCCACCCAUUACCAAAUUGACCAGGAUUAUUGAACAAAAGCCUAGUGGCGCUCAAAUGAGGGUAGAGGGGGAGACUGGAAAAGUCACCAGAGUCAUUGAACAUGAGCCAAUCACCAAAGUAACUAGAAUCAUCGAGGGCCAGCUGCCAGUUACUACAGUCACCAAAGUGAUUGAUUCUGAGCCUGUAUCUGAAAAGAUUGGGAUUAAAGGAGAUCGGAGUAUCUCCAAAGUUACAAGAGUGGUUGAAGUAGAUCUGAGUAGCACCAAAGAUACAAGAGUGACUGAAGGAGAUCCAAGUAUCACCAAAGUUACAAAAGUGACUGAAGGAGAUCCGAGUAUCACCAAAGUUACAAGAGUGAUUGAAGGAGAUCCGAGUAUCACCAAAGAUACAAGAGUGAUUGAAGGAGAUCCAAGUAUCACCAAAGAUAUAAAAGUGAUUGAAGGAGAUCUGAGUAUCACCAAAGAUACAAGAGUGAUUGAAGGAGAUCCGAGUAUCACCAAAGUUACAAGAGUGAUUGAAGGAGAGCCGAGUAUCACCAAAGUUACAAGAGUGAUUGAAGGAGAUCCGAGUAUCACCAAAGAUACAAGAGUGAUUGAAGGAGAUCCGAGUAUCACCAAAGUUACAAGAGUGAUUGAAGGAGAUCCGAGUAUCACCAAAGUUACAAGAGUGAUUGAAGGAGAUCCGAGUAUCACCAAAGUUACAAGAGUGAUUGAAGGAGAGCCGAGUAUCACCAAAGUUACAAGAGUUAUUGAAGGGAAGCCAUCAGUUACAAAGGCCACAAGGUUCAUUGAAACGCACAGUGCCUCCUCUGAUGGUGAACUUGACGCUGAUAGAGAAAUCAAGACAGUCGUGGGUGAAGAUUUAACUAUGGUGAAAACGUUUUCGGACAGUGAAGUACACAUCCUCCGGGAGGAAGAUAUCAAACACAUUACUGAUGCAAUCACUCAGGGAGGUGGACCAGGGCUCACCACUAUUACUGGAGUAAUCAAACCCGUACCUCAGAUCAUUGAAGGUGGAACAGGGCUCUCCACUAUUACCAGAGUCAUCAAACCAGAACCUCAGAUCAUUGAAGGACCAGACAUUUCAAAGAUUUUAUCUCUCAAAGACAAUAAAGACCUCUUUGAUGCAGAGACAGAGAGAAUCACCAAAAUCAUUAAGGAGGGACGUUCUAAAAAACGAGCUGCCAUCAGACAAUCACCAGCAGGAACAAGGAGAAGAGUGAGACUGGUUAGACGUCACAACAAACCUAGACACUGAGACUGUUUUAACUCACAAAAUCCCUUAAAAAAGACUGGCACCAAUGAAUCAAAUGGAUGCUUACUUUACCUGGAGCUACAGCUUAAGGGAAAGACAGUGUUGUUGAACAGUGUGUUUGUCCUGACCAAUACACCUUUUAUUACAAACCACAUAGAAUGUUUGCAUAUUACAAACCAAUGCAGAAAUAUCUUGGAUUUGUGUGGUAUACACACAAGGGGUACUUGAAAUGGUGGUGGUUAACAAGAGAGAAAUUGGUAGUUUUUUAAGCUGUUUAUAUUUUGUCUUUAAAUAUACUGUAUAAUGUAUGUUUCAUAAAAGUGAUUAAAGAACCUUGUCAUUGAGCUUAUCAUGCACAUGAUAAGUGAUGGUGCUUGCAUUCAGAGAUAUGAAUGCAUUUUUAUGUGUAAGAAUCAGCAAACUUUGUCUGUUUUAUAAAGAGUUUCCUGUAAAUUAUGCAACUUUCGACUGCAUUUUUUACUGUUGUUACUUUAUAAUUUGUUUAUUGACUGAGCUGUCUAAAAAUUAUUAUAAUUUUUUUUAUUAUUUCAUUUAUUUCAAAUAAAAAUCAUGAUAAAUCAAGCCUCAAUGGUGAUUAAAAUAAUAAAAUAAAACCAAUUCCUGCUUA